AUGUUCGACAAACUCCCCGACGGCGUGAUCUGCACGAUCUUCGACUCGACGUCGAGCCUUUCGACGUCGACCAAGCUCUCGCAGUGUUCGCGGCGGCUCAGCAAACUGUGGAAGUCGCACCUCGACUCGCUGAACCUCGCACAGACGUUUGACGACGACCCACGGUGGCGCGGGCCCAAGUACCGUUUCUUCGCGGUCAGCAUUGCGCGCGCCAUGAUCGAAGAUGCCGGAACACAUGAACGCGGCGGGGGAGCAGUGGCGCUGACAGUGGCGGUGGUGGUGGCAGAACCUCUCCCGUCGACCAACGAGGCGAUCAAGGCCGGCUACAAGAUCGCGGGAAUAGUCAACGCGACGGUGCAACUGCUGCUGGGCGAGCUGCGCGGGCACGUCCCCGAAAAGUCCGACAAGGAGCGCGCCGCCUGGUCCCAGUGGCUCGAAUACCUCCUUGCAAAAUCGCUCUACAUGCUGUGGAUCAGCAAGCUCACGGGCGGCUCCCCCUGCGACCCCGAGUACUGGAUCGACGCUGAGGAAAUGGUCGCGUUCCUACUCCAGCCGAGGUGGGCACUGGCUGGAUACCCCGGACUGAUGGGCGUCAAGGGCGUUACCGAAGUGUGUGAGCGCGCGCCCGUCGAGCUGAUUGCUAGGACCUGUGUGCUCCUCGAUGAGAGGGUCCAUCGGAACAGGAAGAUGAUGGGCGCGGAGUGGACGGAUGACGAGGAUGACGAGGAGGAGAAGCUGCCGCUGGAUUUCUACGAUGAUACGGAUCUGGACGAUAUGGAGGACGGAUCUGACGAGGGCGAGUUUGAGAGUGACGAUGAAUUUGCCGAUUCGGAGGAUGAUGAGGAGCUUGGAUAUCAUAAGGGAUAUGCCGACGAGGAGUAG